AUAGCAAUUAUAGUAUCAAGUAGUAGUAGGUUUAUGUGCUGUAUAUUUAGUCAAUCAGUCUUCCUAUCGAAUAUCAACCCCUAGGUAGUAUUUAUAUAUAAGUCUCGACCUUUACACCGUAUCACCGCGUCAUAUCAAUACGGCUUGACGUCUAUUUUUCGGAACCUUUACACCUUAAUCCUUACCAUAGCUCUACCACAGCCGAUAGAUGCCAUGUGCGACGUUUGACUACCUAGAGAGGGGGUUCGAUGAUGUCAUUAUGAAGCUCCAAAGUGACAUGCAUCUCCGCGCCCGCACCAACGCUCUUGACCAGAGUUAUAUUUGCUCAACUCUCUAGAUAGCCAUGUCGCGUCAUUGAAUGGCGAUCCUCAUCCCAGAAUGACAUUUUUCAAAACUAUCUCGGCCGUUCUUUUGGUCGGCGUUUAUGUCUAUUUCGCUGCGACUCAAUACUGGAUCGUGUCUACCCGACCGCCUGUGCGCACAGAGGUCCAUGGAGGUGGUAUCGAGAUACCGUCAUUUGGCUUGGGGACUUGGCUCUCCGAUGAAGAUAAAGUCGCCCAUGCUGUAGAAUUUGCGCUGAAGUCGGGCUACAAUCAUGUUGACGCAGCAUUGAUAUACAAAAAUGAAAAAGAGACCGGAAAAGGGAUACUGGCAGCGAACUUGCCCCGCAACAAGCUCUGGGUGACAAGCAAACUGUGGAAUGCAGAUCAUCGACCAAAGGAGGCGACCAUCGCCGUCCAGAAAUCUGUGAAAGACCUCGGCGUGGGUUACUUGGACCUCUAUCUCAUGCACUGGCCGGUCGCGUUCGUGCCUGGCGAAGGCACGAAGGUAGAUGAAAGCACCACGAUCGUCGACACCUGGCGGGCAAUGGAGAACAUUGCGCGCUCCAACCUGACUAGGAAGAUUGGCAUCUCGAACUUCUCCAAGCGCGAUGUUGAGACGAUUUUGGAAAUCUGCCAGAUCUGUCCGUACGCACAUGAGUUCGAGACUCAUCCCUAUCUUCAGCAGCAAGAUUUCGUCGACUGGCACAAGGAGAUUGGGGUCACAGUGAUUGCGUACUCACCCCUAGCUAACACGAACCCAGUGUAUAAAGAUAAACAGAAGCUAGAUCCAAUUUUGAAGGACCCCUUAUGGAUCGACCUGGCGGAGAAGAAAAACGGUACAGUCGCGCAGACGGUUCUGGCGUGGGGUCUUCAGCGUGAUACGGUCGUCAUUCCGAAGAGCGUGCAAGAGAAGCAUAUCCUUGAGAAUUUGGGCGCUUUGGAUAUCAAGUUCACUGAGGAAGAGAUGCUCGAGAUUGCUAUACAUGAUAAGAAGACGAGGAUGAAUGAUCCGGGAAGAGGCUGGGGCGUCAAGCUUUUUGCUGAUUUAGAUGAUCCGACGCAGUUGGAUGGUGAUGAGUAUGAGCUUUAAGUGCAUAAUGACCGUUCGCGGAUUCUUCGGACGUGGGUAUAUGGCUCCAAUUUGAAAGACAAUACAGGAUGCUAUCAGAGAGGUUAACAAUGCAAGGUGUCUUCUCAUACUAAUGCAGGAAGUCUCCAUUACCAAAUUUUCUGCUACUAAUUGAAUAAUUUUCCGAUCGCUAGGAAAGCUCCCUAUUACGUGUGAUACCA